AUGCCGGCGGGCGCCGAGCAGCCGGCGGGCGCCGAGCAGCAGCAGGAGCAGCCGCAGCAACAGCAGCAGCAACAGCCUGCCCAGGGUCCGCCGCCCGCGGCCGAGAAACCCGCGCCGCCAUCGGGACGCCGUCGCCCGUCUGCAGCCGCCGCCGAGCAGGGGGAGGAGAGUGGCGGCGGCGGCGGCGGCGGCCGGGUGCUGAGGGGCGGCCGGGAGCGGAGCCGGGCCGCGGGGGGAGCCGCCGCCUCCCGCCGCCGUAAGGCCGAGUAUCCCCGGCGCCGGCGGAGCAGCCCCGGGGCCCGACCCGCCGCCGCGGAGCAGCCCGCCGCCGAGGCGCCGCCCGCCGCCAGGAAGGGAGCGCCCCGUGCUGGGUGCACGGAUAAAGCUGCUGGCAAAGAUCCCAAAGAAGAGAAGGAGGAGGAGGAGGUUUCCCCUGCCCUCAGCCAGGGCUCUCCAGUCAGCACAGCCCGGCCCAGCAGGAGCUGGCGCAGCAGCAGGUCGGCCACUGCCGCCCGCCAGCGUGAAGCCGAGAACUCGCGUGCCUCCCGGUCCAAGACUGGCUCCCUGCAGCUCGUCUGCAAGUCGGAACCGAACGCCGACCAGCUGGAAUACGAGGUCACAGAAGAGCAUCAGUCUCCAGCUGGAAUCAGUGAUGAUGAGGAGGAGAUCCUUGCCAGUGAGGAAGAAGUUCCCUUCAAAGAUGAUCCAAGAGAUGAAACCUACAAGCCCCAUCUCGAAAAGGAAGCUCCAAAGCAAAGGAGAAAAGCUGGCAAGGGAAAAGAAGAAAAAGAGAAACAGAAGGAGAUUAAAGUAGAGGUAAAAGAAGAGAGUGAGUUUCGGGAAGAUGAAGAACCACCAAGGAAGAGAGGACGGAGAAGAAAAGAUGACAAGAGCCCAAGAUUGCCCAAGAGAAGGAAGAAGCCUCCAAUACAGUACGUCCGCUGUGAGAUGGAAGGCUGUGGCACAGUCCUGGCCCACCCGCGUUACCUGCAGCAUCACAUCAAGUACCAACACUUGCUGAAGAAAAAGUAUGUGUGUCCCCAUCCCUCCUGUGGUCGGCUCUUCCGACUGCAGAAGCAGCUCCUGCGGCAUGCCAAGCACCACACAGAUCAAAGGGACUACAUCUGUGAGUACUGUGCCCGGGCGUUUAAGAGCUCUCAUAACUUGGCGGUGCACCGAAUGAUCCACACAGGCGAGAAGCCCUUGCAGUGUGAGAUCUGUGGAUUCACAUGCCGGCAGAAAGCUUCCCUCAACUGGCACAUGAAGAAACACGAUGCGGACUCCUUCUACCAGUUCUCCUGCAACAUUUGCGGCAAGAAAUUUGAGAAGAAGGACAGUGUCGUGGCCCACAAAGCCAAAAGCCACCCAGAAGUGCUUAUUGCUGAAGCACUGGCGGCCAACGCGGGUGCCCUGAUCACCAGCACUGACAUUCUGGGCACUAACCCCGAGGCCAUCGCGCCGCCCACCGAUGGCCAGGGCCUCCCUCUUCUUCCUGACCCCCUGGGCAGCACUGCCCCGACCGACUGCCUGCUGCUGAACCCCGAUGGGAUGCCGAAGACGUACUGCGGCGGGGCGGAGCGUGUGAGCCUGGUGGCUGACGGCAAGCUCUUUGUAGGCAGCGGCAGCAGCGCCAACCCUGAAGGGCUGGUGAUGAACACAGAGAUCCUGGGAGCCACCACGGAGGUGCUCAUCGAAGAUUCAGACUCCACUGGACCCUAGUGGGUGGGGAGCACGUGGGUGCUGGGACUGUUUGGACUCUAUUUAAAAGGAAAAAAAAAAAAAAAAUGGAGACGCGUUGAAAGAGAGAAAAGUUAAACAAAACUUAAAAUACUAGUAAGUAACCGAA